AUGGUGGGCAGAUGUCUCGGACAAGGUGGUUUUGGUACUGUAUUUUCUGCGCUUCGUCUUUCCGAUAUGAAAAAUGCAGCUGUUAAAGUUAUGCAGAAAACCACAAUCAAGGAGUGGCGUAAAAUCAAAGGUCGCAAGGUUCCGCUUGAAGUUUAUUUUCUUUUGUCUCUAAAAAACGUCGAAGGAAUCAUCCGUUUUUAUGACGGUUACAAUUUCAAGUACGAAUACUUGUUGGUAAUGGAAAGGCCGGAGCACUGCCAGGAUUUACUCGAUUAUAUGACGAGAUUUCAGGGUUUAAAUGAAACUGUGACAAAGGCAAUAUUUAGACAGGUACUUUUUUUUGAAGUUGCAGUUUCUUCUAGCUUUUUUUUCAUAAUAUGUUGAGG